AUGGCCGCUAGCCUCGACUUGGGCCCGACACCGUACUCCGAUCUGGGCCUGGAGUACAACGCAACCCAGCAGCAAAUCGACGCGGCGCUCGCCAGAUCGCACACCCACAUCGAGAUUGAUUUCGAAAAUGGCCUUCCCGACGAUGAAGCGCACGAAAGGAUUCGGGUGAUCGGAGAGGCGCAGCUCGUCCUGGAAGACAGCCAGAUCAGGGCACUCUAUGAUGCCUAUCUCCGCCGCGUCCACGGUGUCAGGGACUUCGAGUAUCCAACGUACCACUCCAUCCUCCAAGUGGAUAAGGACGCGACUGAGGAAGAGGCCAAUGCGAAUUAUGAGCAUUUCAUGGCGCUCUGGGCAGGCGGUAGAUACGAACGAGUUCCCCAGAUGGCGCUCGGAGGAGCUCGCGAUCGCAUGGUCGCCAGGGCCAGGAGAGCCCAAAAAGACAGUGAGGUCCGAAAAGACAGUGCCGCGACAAUCCCAAUAGUAGGGACCGGGCAAGCCGCAGUGGUCGCUACGACAGAGCAUGUGCAGGCCUCUACAAGCGCUCCGGCAGGCUUUGCGCCGACCACGACCCAGACGACCUCGAAAGCUCCCAAAGCCCCUAAGAAGGUUAAGGACCCGAAUGCGCCCAAGAUUCCGAAGGCUCCUAAGAAGGUCAAGGACCUGGAUGCGAACAAGAGCAAAGUUCCCAAAGCGCCGAAAGAGCCAAAGGUUCCAAAACCCGCCAAAGUCACCAAGCCGCAGAAACCAAAGACCAACAAGAAGGCUGCAGGAGCUCAGAAUGGCGCACCGAUCCCAAACGCUGUUGAAAUCGGAGCAGCUCCAAUGGCGGAGCAGGCUGCGGAAGGUCAGGCUCCCGGGGACAUCCAGCAGGCGACCAACGGCCAGAACGCACCAGUGGCCGUGAUGGGAGCGCCAGUUUAG